AUGGUGGACCGAUUAGUAAAUAGUGAGGCAAAUGCCCGUCGCAUUACUAUGGUCGAAAGUUGUUUUGGUAGCUCAGGACAACCUUUAGCUGUUCCCGGGCGUGUUUUAGUUGGUGAAGGUGUACUGACAAAAAUUUGUCGAAAAAAACCAAAACCCAGACAAUUCUUUCUGUUCAACGACAUUCUAGUAUAUGGAAAUAUACUUAUAAACAAAAAAAAAUAUAACAAACAGCAUGUUAUACCAUUAGAAGAAGUAAAAUUGGAAUCUCUACAAGAUGAAGGGCAGUUAAGAAAUGGUUGGUUAAUUCGAACGGCGUCCAAGUCAUUUGCUGUGUAUGCAGCCACUUCAACAGAAAAACAAGAAUGGAUGGCACACAUUAAUAAAUGUAUUGAAGAUUUGUUGAGAAAGAGUGGUAAAAAAGCUGUUGAAGUCCAUGCAGCGGUAUGGGUUCCGGAUUCUGAAGCCAAUGUUUGCAUGCAUUGUAAAAAGACUCAGUUCACAGUCCUCAAUCGAAGACAUCAUUGUCGUAGCUGUGGUACAGUAGUGUGUGGUCCAUGUUCUAGUAAACGGUUCUUAUUACCAAAUCAGUCGACUAAACAAUUGCGCGUCUGCCUAAAUUGUUUCGAUAAAUUAUCUAGAGAUAAAGCACAACAAAACAGUACUAACCUCAAUUAUCUUAGAAACUCUUUAAAAGAUCGCAGUGAAUCUUCUGGUGAUGAUGAUUCUGAUGAUGAUGAUAAUUUUGUCCCAUCUACUACAACACCAGAGCAACCGAAGUUUUACUGA